CCCGCGCUCAUUAUCCCUCUCUCUCUCUCUCUCCCUCGUUCACCUCCCUCUCUUCCCGUCUCUCCAGGCUUCACUGAAAUGCCGCCGGACAGGCUGUACCUCACACCCCGCCAGGAGUUCACCCUCCAGUGCGUCCUCAGCAGCCUGCCCCCGAAGCUGGCUGACGUCGACGAGGUCGGCUGGUUCCGGGACGGGUCCCCGUUCCGGCUGCUGAACAAUAGCUUCCCCUCGGGCACGGAUCUCUCGGUCCGGCUUCGGGCGGACGAGGUUGCGAAAUCGAGCUCCUUCGAGUGCCGGCUCUCCCUGGGGUCCCGGGGUGUCAAAACCAGCGUCCGGGUGUGUGUGAUCAACGUGACGAGCGACCAUUCAGGGAGCAUCCCGGAGUUCAACAGGACGAGGAUCGUCUGCGCGGUCUCCCCGAUCUGCCCGGUCACUAAACUGACCUGGGUCAGGGCCAACGGGAGCGUGGGGAACGGAGCGCAGGCCCAAGGGAACGGGUCGGUCACCAUGAGCUGGGCCAGGGUGGACAGGGGCCAGGCCGGUGCCUGGUUCUGUCUGCUCUACGAGAAGGAGAAGCUGGUGCAGAACGUGACCUACUGGAUGAAUGUUACAGUGCUGGACGAUUUCUUGAGCACCGGGAACCUGAUUGUCAUGGGGGGCAUGGCCGCCGGUUGCCUGUUGAUGCUGGUCUUACUGUUGGUGUUGGUCCUCUGCAUGGUCAAGAGGUCCCGGCGGAGGCGCCGAGCAGUCCGCCGGCUGAGGCACCCUCUCUGCAGAGAGCACGGCAACCAGCUCUCCAACCAGCCCCUGUGUCAGGGCAACGACUACAUCGACUCCAGCCGGCCCCCGGUGCCUCCGCCGUACCGCCACUGCCCGCACAACCCGCCCCGGAAGGGCCGGUCGAGCCGCGGGAACUCGAGAAGGUGAACGCCAGCCCAUCUCCAAGACCACCCUCCCUCCACGUCUCCGUCACUCCUCCCCGACUC